CCAGUCGCCUCAGCCGCCGCUCCUGCGCCGCCAUGUCCAGCCCUCAGGAGCCGCCGCAGCACAACAACAACAACAACCCGCCGGCUGAGGGGACGCACACCGAGCCGGGCCUCAACAGUUCCUGGGUGGAGUUACAGAUGAAUGGCAAUGGCAAUAGCAAUGAUAAUGGCAAUGGGAAAAAUGGAGGUCUGGAACAUGUCCCUUCAUCAUCCUCCAUCCACAAUGGAGACAUGGAAAAAAUUCUCCUGGAUGCCCAGCAUGAAUCAGGACAGAGCAGUUCAAGAGGUAGUUCCCACUGUGACAGCCCUUCACCUCAAGAGGAUGGACAGAUAACUUUUGAUGUGGAAAUGCACACAAGUAAAGACAGUAGUUCUCAGUCUGAAGAAGAAGCAGCAGAAGGAGAGAAAGAGUUGGAAGUUUUGAAGAAAAGUGCUGACUGGGUGUCAGACUGGUCAAGUAGGCCUGAAAACAUUCCUCCCAAGGAAUUUCAUUUCAGACAUCCUAAACGUUCAGUGUCUUUAAGUAUGAGAAAAAGUGGAGCAAUGAAAAAAGGUGGCAUUUUCUCUGCAGAAUUUCUUAAGGUUUUCAUUCCAUCUCUGUUCAUAUCUCAUGUUUUGGCUUUGGGACUAGGCAUCUACAUUGGAAAACGACUGACCACACCUUCAGCCAGCACUUAUUGAAAGAUGGAGUGCAAAACCUGGAAAUCCACGUGACCUGUGAAGGUGUUACUGUCUCAUUUAGUACAUUUGACUUGAGACCAUUUUAAGCAUGACCCUGACUUCACCCUUUCCUUGCAUAUCCAGGUUUUCGCUAACUCUGGAAUUCAGUAUUGUGUUGGAACUCUGUUGAGGUGUUUCGCUAUCCACGUUCUUUCCCUCUCUCCUCCCAUUCCCCUGCCUCUUGGCCUGCAAGACACGUCAGAGUUGCUGAACGGAGUUUACAACUGUCUAUAUGUUGCAAGGGCUUCUCUCAAUGCAAAAUGCCACCAGCAAGUUUUAAUUUUAUCAGUGAUGCUGUUGCCUCCUUAGUGCAACCUGACUUAAAUUGCAGUUGUGCAUGGUAUAAAUGUUGACUGUAUUAUGGUGGUAAAAUUAACAGUCUCUUUGGAGGAAAAUUAUUGAUUGGAGUGAAAAUGAAUUUUUCUUUUGAAAAACAAGCUGGUUGUGAAAUAAACUAAGAAAUCACUGGCAAUAAAAAACAGUUUAAAUCAGCUUUUGGGGGAAUUUACUUGGCCCCUUGUAUUGGCUAACACCAUUUGAUUUGCAGGAGGCAAAGACUGCAUAAAUUUUAAAGUAGGAUAACUAAAUCCAUCAGCAUAUUUUAAUAUUAGGUAAUCGUUGUAAUCUUGUCUUUUCUAUGAAGUCAGCUCCUUAUUCCUUGUAGGAAAACCUGUCUGAUGCCUAGAAAAUAUUAGAAGAAUUGCAUUGUUUGCAUGUGAAGAAGCUUUUCUUUUCCUUACCUGUUUUCUUAAGGGAAAAUUUUAAAUGUGAAAUUUUCCUUUUAAAAGUAGUUUUAAAUUAAGGAAAAACCCAACAGCUGUAGGUGUAGUUAGACUCUGUAUAAAAGGAUAUGAUUCUGUUUGUUGUGGAACCAUUUACAAUUAUGAUGAUAUGGCAAUUUCAGAAAGUAAAGCGUUUGACUUAUCUUUAAGGGGGACAAUCUUGCAGGUGCGUAAAGAUUCAGAAAUUGUAAAGCUCUGAAAUGUCUUCUGCAAAUGAGUUUUCAAUAUUCCUCUCUCUCAUUGUUUACUGUACAGUCUCCUCUGGGGAUACAUGGAAUCUGAAAGUCACUCGUGAUGUCUCAUGUUAGAUAGACUUCUCACUAAUGUUGUUGAACUUCUGUCUUAGGGAACAUUAAGCCUUGUCCUCCUUCAGUGACACUUCUUUUCAAAAUGUGAAGCUUUAGUACCAAAUUGUUACAAAGCAUUGGGACAGUCGCGUCCUUAAAUAGAUUUUAUUGGAUUUUGGAACAUGUAGCAUGACUCUGAAGGAUAGAAUACUCUUUUUUUAUAUAUAUAUGAAUAUAUAAAAAAAAAAGAUAUAGACUUUAAUACUAAGUAUUUAGGGAACCAAUGCUAAUUUUAAGAUUGCAAAAAUCUCAUUUAAAUAAAAACUUUAGUAGGCUGACUUGCAGAAAAUGCUCAGAAAAUAUGGUCAGCCAGUCCGGAGAGAACAGCUACCUAUAAUUGUUUGCUUGCGUCAGACUUUAUAAAGUUGAUUGUUUGAUACAGCAGUGAUCGCUUGAAACAGUUGAUGCAUACAAGCUAAAUCCCAAUUGAGAUUUGGUUUAAAAGAACAUACUUAGCUCCCAGGAAGUAAAAAAGUUAAGUAUAAAUCCACUGCUAAACUGUAUUUAUUCUCUACUUCUGAAUGCUGUUAGAGAAUGCUUUCAGGGUGAGAGGGCAGUCUAACAAAAAAUUCUCUUGAAGACAUCUGCUUUUUUCCUUUUAGUUGCGAAUAUUAGUGGCACUUGAGUUGCCUACAACUGCAUACUUGUUUCAAGCGCGGAUAUUGGGUUUCACCCAAAGGUGGGGGA